AUGAUCACUAUUACUUUGUUAUUCUUGAAUGGGCAUGAAAUAUACGCGAACUCGAUGGGUAAUGCUGAUGCAGAAGUUAAUACUCGGCUUAAUGGUCUGCAAUUCGUGGCCAAAGUCCAUGAGAUACUUAUCGGGAUUUCUUUGUCAACAAUCAUAUUGUCUUUUUUACAGCAUGAAGCUUUACGUCAAGGAAUACCCCUUGGUGGGUUUCUCAUCGCUUUCAAAAUCACCGAUCUUGGGUCGCUUCUCAGCCCGGACUUGUGGGCUGCAGGUACAUUUGGACAUCAUUUCAAGCGUCGCUUUUUGUUUUUUGUCAUGACACUCUUUGCUAUGAUCCUAGCUGCUGUCUCUGGACCUGCGUCUGCAAUACUGAUGUUGCCAUCCCUGGACUGGUGGAUUGUCCCAACGACAGAAUAUUCGUCCUGGUCUACCACCCAUUUCACUCUAAAUGCAGAAAAGUCUCAAGUUUGGCCUAAUCAAGUCGACAAUUCGAGCUUUGACACGUUUUGUGCUUUUGAGUCUAAUAAAUUCUUAGACAAUUGUGCAGCAGGUGGCUUCUCGGCCAUUCGGGCAUGGGUUGACAGACCCAGUUCACGAGAAUCACAGUACUCGUGGAACAUUACCAUGCCAAUGAAUUCAAAACGAGCUUUUUACGAUCGAUUCAUUGGCGGCGCAUCAAGCGUUCAAAAAACUCUAAAGAUAGAUGGCUUUUAUAAUACAUAUACUUGGUGUUUGAGUCAAACUGUAUCUGUACCGACAGGCUCACUUGUCACAUCAUUUGCCCAGAUGGUAGGAUCACAAAACGAAACAUCCAGAUUCCAAGUAUUGAUCAACGGCGAAGAUCCUCCUGCACCACAGGUAGUUGCAGCUUGCAUAGGCAGGGACUAUAACAUAACAAAUGGAUUAAUCAAAGGAUACAAGACGCUCGAUGAUCUACCACUGCCAUUCUUAAACAGAGAUACGUCUCAGGGUAGAUAUUGGCAAUCAGAAGUUCGGCAUGCACUCGAGAUUUGGUACCUUAUUCGUAUUUCCUCGUGUUCCUUGUUCGCUGGGUGGCAGGCGUCUAAACUCUACAUUGACCCCACAAGAGAUCGGUAUAUUCAUUCACCUAGCACCACCAAUCCAACACAGAGUCUUGAUGAUUUGAUGCAAGAUUCUACCAAUACAGCGAAAACCAUACAUACAGUGCAAAUAGAUGCCGAGUGGGCAAAUGCCGCCUUGCCACCGAACGAUAUAAUAUUGCCUCUGGCAUCCUCGUCAUUUGGCACUAAUAACGCUAAUCCAUUGGGCAUGAUAGCGACAACCUUUAUGUCAGAUGCAAUGUCAAGAAUUCCAUACAAGAUGAAUGCAGGUUUCAAAGUCUUGAUUCCUACAGUGGAACCGAACCAAAACUUUACUACUUUAUCCAAUGUUCCCAAAGACGUCACAGACAUCCACAUCAAGCGCUUCCGUUAUGGCUAUAGUUACUCUCUUCAAGGCUCCACGAGACAUUUGGCAGUAUCCAUUCUUGUUCUACACAUAUUAUUAGCAUUUAUUAGCACUAAUACACGCGGUGCUCGUUUGUCGGCACGGAUACACGAACAAUAUCCUCAAGUCACUCACUGA